AAGUGCGUCAGAUCAGCCAAAAUGCUUCCACGAAUAAUUCCAUCGGUUCUGUCUGUGGUAUUACUUUUUUCGUUUUUAUUUUUUGUAACGGCAGUCUUACUUCAAUUUAUUCGAAUCGAUUCACCAGAUCUUGAAAAUGAAGAAGUAUUUCAUUCGGCACCUUAUGAUAUAUUCAUUUAUUCUGCAUUUUAUUAUAAUAAAUCAAAAAGUCUCGGAGAUUCUUCAAUGGUUAUUCUGAUGACUGCUGAUUUUGAAGUUUUGGAAAAAGUUAAAAAUCUUGAACUUUUGGGCAUAAAUGACACGAGUCGAGCUAUGACAUCUGCUGAAUUGGAAAGAGUAACAAUCCAUGAUGCGUGUAAAUGGAUUGCAAUGACUGCAACUGCAAAAAUAGUUCUAAAUCCGUCGCUUUUAUUGGUUUCUUUAGGUGGAAAUCAUGCGCCGAUUCCAUUCGAAGUUGUUUCUUCGGAACCUAAACCUGUUGUAAUGUGCAUUUCUCCACUCUUCGCUGCUGAAAAUUGGCACAAUCUUCUUGUUUCUCUUCAUGUAUAUAAAAUAUUCGGUGCUCACAUGCAUCUGUAUAUUCGGAGCAUUGUUUCCCCAAUGCUCGAAAUUUUGAGAGUUUACGAGCAAGAGGGAUAUGCAACUUUGAAGCCAUGGAAUAGGAUAAACCUCUUAAAUCGAGAUGAACAAGAUUUUAAUCCAAAUUUAAAUGUUGAGUUUAGAAGUCAAGCUGCUGCACAGACGGAUUGUCUUUUGAGAUAUAAGGAAUCUUCUGAAUUCGUAGCAUUUGUAGAUCUAGAUGAUCUAAUUAUUCCUCGUGUAGCUGACAAUUAUGCCAGCGAGUUUCGAUACCUAGCUUCUGAACACCCAACAGUUGCAUAUUUCACGUAUUCAAAAGAAAAUACAAGAAUAAAAGCAUAUAAACGAGCAAAUGUUUUUUCGAUUGAACAUGUUCUUCGAAAUAUAAAACAUGAACAACAAACCGAAACUGGAAAAAUGAUUGCAAUCCCCUCAAAAAUCAACAAUACGUGGAUUCAUUGGCCACAGAAAAAUCUGAAAAAAUUGGCCGUGAAGCCUGAAUUCAAUUCUAUAACCCAUCUGAAACAUAUUGAAUUGCUAGACGGAUUGAAAUCCAAAAAUGAAGAGGAACCCAAAUACAAUCCAUCAACUGGUCUAGACAAUGACAAACCAUUGAUAUCUAAUAAGAACAUCAAGAUGAUUGAAAAGGACUUUAACAGAAUGAGCUGGAAGUCAUCAGUCAGACGACAUCUACGUAAUCUUCCUAUCAACAUGACAUACUCAAAAUUAAUCAGUGAUUGUUAUAAACAAUCAUAUUAUGCUUUCCACUCUGCAAAUGAAAAUCACGGGAUGUUGUGUCCGGGUCCAGAAAGAUGCGAUAUUUCAAACCACAAGACACGUUGUUGGAUUAGUGUUGGAGAAUAUCAUUCAACGAGAGAUGGAAAACUAAUUAAUGUUCAUUUUGCAGAAAAUGCUGAUUUUGCAUUGAAUGAUGGUUGUCAAGUUUAAGAAAGAUACUUGUUUAUAAAUUUGUUC